UUUUGCCCUGAUCUCGCUUUGACCUGGGGGCUCAAGCCACAUUGGACUCAGGUCCCGAACUUCCUGUGGGUCCAUCUACAUAGCGUAAGGUGGCCUUGGGCAAAAUAAUCUAAAAAACAUUUUGUGAGUGUAUAAAAUUAUUACCAUUGAAAGGAAACAACUGGCCAAAUGAACUUUGAAACAGCACCAGGUUUUAGCCAAGUUCUUCCACUAGCAUCAGUAGUGAAAUCUUGUUGCAAAAACUGCUUGGAGCAUAUUCUAACCGUCUUUGUGGGAUUGAGAUUCUUGCUCGAACAAACUUUCUGCAACAGAAAUAGGUCAUUUGGCUAGUUGUGGAUACCAUGG